UCCACCGAGCAGGCGACUGGCCCUUUAAGGGUUAUGUAGCCGGGCUGGCCGAUGUAGGACGAGCCGACCGUGCGUCUGCCUGCCUGCGCUCCCGCUGCCAUCCCCAUCAUGGCCUCCACACAGCCGCCACCGACACCACCGAGGAUGAACCGACCAGCCAGCGGCCCUUCCCUUCCCGGAGCGGAGACGGACGUCAAGCCGAAGCAGAGGCACCGGUAGAGGCGAGCCGCGCCGGGGAGAGCCGCCUCACAUCCCAUGCCACCCCGGUCUCCUCCAUGCCUUCGUCUAAAGCCAAGUACAGCUAUUCGAUAAAGAGGGGUGCGAACCCGGGCGGCGGCGGCGGCGGCGGCAGCGGCGGCGGCAGAAACAUGACAACGAACAGGGAUUAUUCUGUUAAUCUGUCGGUGCAGCAAGUGCUGAGCCUUUGGGUGCAGGGCACGACGCUGCAGCACUUCACAGAGAUGUGGUACUGGGUGUUCCUGUGGUGUCUCUUCUCCUCGCUCUUCGUCCACGGGGCGGUGGGGCUGCUCAUGUUGGUCAUGCUGCAGCGCCACAAGAGGGGCCGCCUCAUCACCCUGGUGCUCGUCAGUGUGGGUUUCCUGGCCUCCCUCUCCGGAGGCGUCAUCACCAGCGCGGCGGUGGCGGGGGUGUACCGCGUGGCAGGGAAGGACAUGGCACCACUGGAGGCUCUGGUGUUCGGCGUGGGCCAGACCACCCUCUCCGUCAUCAUCUCCUUCUCACGCGUCCUCGCCACUCUGUGAGGCGAAACCCCCUCGACACGUUGAAGCACAGACGCUGAGACGAGAGCGAACGACUCGAGCCAAUCAGAGACUUUAAGGUGGCUGGGUUUGUAGAUGGAGAGGAGGCAGAAAUGCUCUGGACCUUAGGGGCUGGAUGAAGGAGAGAGCGCCCCCGGUGUCUCUGCUCUGUUACUGCCACAACCACAGAGGGAACUCAAAGCAGGCCGGUUGUCUCCAUGUCAGAGAGCAGCACCAGGCGGAGACGGCGCCAUCCUCAGCUUCUGGACUUGAAAGCCAUGUUUUCGGGUGUUUCCAGAGUUCCAUCACUUCUUUGUGCCAACAGCCUUCUCUGGGACAUCCAGAUGCCUUUAUGGCCACUGACUCUCGAAGGCUUUCUGUUGCACUUGUGGGGAAAGAAAUCCUCUUUUUUUAAAAACAGCAGAGUGAUGACCUGUAACGAUCAUCUGAUGAUCUCUUUCGGAGAUCAGCGUGAGAACAAAAGUUGAGCAAUGAGUGGUGUUUGAGGGAGUGACAGCCCAACAGUGUUCAUCAGCAGAAACACAGUUAUUCGUCAGUAUUAAAAUCAGCCUCACCUCCAGGUCUUCACAACGUUCAAGUUCAGAUUAUCAUGAUCAUUCCUUUUCCUUAAAUGGUUUGAAAGCUGCUCCAUCAAACUCACGAGCGAGAUGCAACUUUGAAUUUUGCACUUUGUAAAUGUUUGAAAUGCUCUUUGCCGUAGGAGGUGUGGAAUCGGUAGACGAGCAGGAGAAAACCAGCAUUGGCGCUUUGUUUGGUUUGAAAUAUUGAUUCAUUGUGUGCCAACGAGAACUCCGAUUGAUCCUAAGGAAUAUUUAGACUAUGCUUGUUUUACUUUCUUGCUGAGAGUUAGACAAGGAGUCAAGUCUGUACGAUAGAUACCUGCAUGUCUUUGGACUGUGGGAGGAAGCUGGAGUACCUAGAGAAAACCCACGCUGACACGGGGAGAACAUGCAAACUCCGCACAAAGGGGUCCCUCCUGGGAUCGAACCAGGAACCUUCUUGCUGUAAGGCGACAGUGCUAACCGCCAUACCACCGUGCCACCAGUAAUCAUGUUCAUCCUAAAUAUAAGUAAUGAUAACAAUGUUUUAUCUUUAACCAAACUAUCAACCAGUACUAAUUCAAACAAUAAAAAUAAACACUGUGUUUAUUGUUGCUGCAGUAAAUCUUAGCCCACGCACGUGUUGAUAUAAGUGAAGCAGUUUCCCAGAGGGCCCAUUCACUGGACCUGUUCAGGGAUCCAGACAUUUCUGUGGGUGGGCCUGGCGUAUGUUAUUUUUUACACAAAGCGACACGACACAGUGGACUCCCUGGUCGCUUAAACAUAAAUCCCUGUCGGCUCUUUUUGGGGGUUUUUAACCGGCAUUUGUUUUUGUGGAUUCAUGGAUUGACAGCGUUGCGUACUUCCGAACGUUCUCAUCCUAGAGAGUGAAAAAUGAUUUGGGCUUCAGUUGGCGGUUGCGUUCUGUAAUCAGGUGUCUUAUUGGCACAAUAGUACUGAUAUUAUGUUGCAGUCACAGCUGUGAUUAUGGAGCAUUUUACAACAGCCUUUGAAUGCAACCCAGACAAUCGGAAUCGGGGACCGUGUUUUGUUGCCUUUGUACAGAGUCAGGCUAGCAGUUUCCAGUCUUUACGCUAAGCUAGGCUAACUGUCUCCUGGUUCCAGCUCCGUAUUUACCGUACAGACCUGAGAAUGGUGUCGGUUUGCUCAUCUACUCAGCAAGAAAGCUAAUAAGUGUACUUCCCAGAACAACAAAGUAUUCCUUUUACGCAGAUAGAGAAGGGCAUGGAAGCACCCUUGAGCAGAUAUGAUUUUAGGUCUAGUUAGAGAGAGAUCCAUAUCAGGUUCCUCUUAUUCAGGUUUUAGAAAGGAUGUAUUGGUAUUAAAAAGGGUUGUUUUGCUCCUUGAGAGUCACAUUUUCAAACUAUUUGGUGUCUGUCCUGGUGCAGAUUUUCUGUGGUAACGAUGGAAUCCACUGCUACAGUGUAAACCCCCCUGUGGAAAGCCAUCCCUCCCUGGAGAAGGACGAUUCUGCUGCUCAGACGGCCAUUUUUUCAAUGGCUCCCUCUUUUCUUUGUUUUGCUUAUUAACCCAUGUUCCUUAAGUUUAACUUUGCAUAUUGCACUGAAAUAUACCUGCCUUGUUUUUAGCACAGUGUGCGAUGAUACUACUCUGGUGUGACCCGACCCAGUAAUCACAGUUAUUACACACAGGAAUCAGUGAUAACACACACUGAUGAUCUUGUUUAGGUGAAGCAAAGAAUGUGCUUGAAGCUACUGUAUUAAGUCAAACUGGAUUUAUUGUGUUGAUGCAUUAGUUUUUCACUUAGAAGAGAAAGAUACAUUGAUUUUAUUUAAGUUUAAUGCUCAUUGCUUGGCCUAUUAGUCCUCCCAGAAUUCAAACUAAUUCUCUUGUGUGCAGCAGGGUGAGAGGAGUAAGGUUGUAAUGCCAAAGUAUCGCUCAUGUUCUAGCUUUAUUUACCAUUGUUGUGUCAUUAAUUGAUAUCACAGCCACGAUUUAUAGUUGUUUUAGUUUUAGAAACAUUUGCACAUUGGCUCGGCCCCCAGACAUGUGGUUCAACUUCAUCAAACAACAGUUUAUAUGAAUUUGAGGGAAAGGAAAAGACUUUUUGAGUGAUUAAGUGUAUGUGCUGUGUGGUUUUGUAGCUCAAAGUGUAUUUAUACGAGUUAUGUAAUUGACACAGCUCACCUUCAGUACCAGCUCAGCACACAAGAGGGCGACGUUGCACAGAAAUGAAGUGGCAGCCUGAAUGCCUGAAAGAUGAUUGUGGAUUUUAAAAAAAAUGAUGAAAGUGCUUCAGAGUGUUUUGAUACAGACAAAAAGUUUUCUAUCCUAAGUCUCCCCAGAAAAAGUCUAAAAUUAGAGCGAAGUCAUCCGAACACCUCCCUUUUUAUCCACUGAAUGCUCUGCGCAUUGUCCAUACUACCCGCUUGAAUGUUUUAGCGCAAUUUCAGGGACCAAAUGUGAGUCGCUGCUGAUGACUCACCUGCUGUCAUAGCAAUGAAAUCUCUGUGAAGCUGUAUGUGAGGCAGUUUCUGCAUGUUCGUAUGUGUGUGUGGUUCAUAGGAGACAUUAUGAGUGUCGUUGCUGUGUUUGGUGUAUAUCUGUGCGGUUGUGCAUGUGAGUAGAUAUCAGAGUUUAUUUUCUUUCAGCAGAGGGGGUUGUUCACAUUUUUCGGCGGCCCCAUAAAGCUUCAGAAAGAUUAAGGACUUAAAGGGACACUUGGUAUUUUUGAAUCUGGAAAUAAUUUUCCCAUGUUUUUGUGUUUAAGUGACUAAUGGAGACAAAAGUUUUGGAUAGUGGUCCAGUACUGAGAGAGGCACGGUGGUGAAAUAGGCUGUAAUGUGAUCCCUACGGGCAACUGUGCACCAACAAUUUACACCCACUAAGGCCCUGUAUACAUGUAUACAGAUAUUUUUUAAAACAGACAUUUUCCCCCUUCGUGUUAAAAAAUAAUUCUGUCCACAUGACCGUGACCAUGACAAAUGAUCUUUGUUCACAUUAGAAUGCAAAAACAACUUGAAACACUGCAGUCUACCUCAAUACAAAGGUAGUAAAUGUUACCUUUUUCAAACCACCUACUGGAUCUCAUCACUGUUGAUUACCGAUCAAUUCAAGGAUGAAGUUACUCACUCAAACAUGCAAGUGAUGCCCUGGACAUGCAAAGUCUUGACAGGGUCUUAUUUAAAACUGUUGUGUCUGGUGGACUUAAAAACAGUGGACUCUGAAGUGGAGCAAAAACACCGGGUGCAGCAGAUGUCUCUGAUUGUCCAUGAAAUGGUGGAGCAACACCAAGUCUAAGGCCACGUUUACACGAAAACGAUCCGCUGAAAACGAUCUUCUCAUUUUGGUUUAGAAAAAAGUUCUGUGUUCAGACGGCAACGUUUUGAUAACAAUCGCUGUGCACAUGGAUCCGCAAAAAUGACCAAAAGCACUGUAGUAUACAUGCCAGGCCAGUAGUUGGCAGUGUGACUUUGUAAUGAAACAACACGUGCCUGCGCACGUGCUUCCUUCUACAGAGCGGUGAUGUAUAAACAAACAAAAUUUUGUUUGUUUGUUUGUUUGUUUGUUUAUACAUUUGUGUGGACGCACAACGAGGUGGAGUACAGUAAAUCUACACUUCGCUGGGGAAGUGUUGAUAAAUUCAAUAGGGUGAGCAGCACAAACAGAGCUCGGGAGUCCGCCAUUGUUGUGAUGGUCAACUCUCUCGUGCAUGCCUAGUGACUGGAAGCGUAAUGCACAUGUGCGAAAAGUCUCCGUUUUCAGAGGAACUUACCGUUUUUGGUUGAAAUCAUUGUCGUAUAAACAGGACCUAAGUGUAAACAAAGUGAUAACAGACUGGUAGUCCACCAUUGUUAUCGUCGUUUCUUGUGCUCCCUACACAUAGCAAUGAUAGACAUGGGUUAAUUGAAGAGAUUACAUCAGCAUUUUCUCAAACGCUCUGUUUCACACAUCCACACAUAACGUUAGCCGGAGUUUUAAAGAAUCUAAACUGUAGGUGCGUUUUAAAAAGUGAUCAUGUGGACAAGAGGCCAAAACAAAGAGGAAAAUAUCAGUUUAUAAAACGUCCAGACAGGAACUAAAUGUGCGUGUGUUUGCCACUGACAGGUUCAGAUUGUUAUUAUAGGUGUCUGACAACAUUACUGAAAGGACCAUACAGAGGAAUGAAAUGUUUUUCUUUACCUUUCGCUACGGUCUGUUGUGUGCAACCAAGUCUCACUCAAGGAGAAGUCUCGUUCUGAAAUCUUGCACACUUUUCCACAUUGUCAAACUCAGCUAAAUGUUCAGCCAUGACAUUGAAAAUCUACGCUUCCUUUACUCAAACACAACAAACUCUUUGCGGUACUCCCCUCUCCAGCUGUCACUAAUAUUUCCACCAUUACCUUCUCCUUGAGUGAGACUGAGUCACAAUAACAAAGAGACCAGUGAAAGGCAAAGAAAAAUGUUUCAUUUCUCUGAAGGGUCCUUUCAGUAAUGUUGUCAGACACCUUUAUAACAAUCUGAGCCUGUCAGUGGUCAGUGGACAUAAAUUGAUGGUGCCCAAUUGCCUGCAGGGAUACACUGCAGCCUGUUUUGCUGCUGCCGGCUGCAGCGUUGUCUCUCAAUACUGGACCACUUUAAAAAACCUGUUAUCUCCAGUAGCCACUUAUGGUGUGUUCACACAAUUUCAUGUCACGUUACUCACACAUACAUGUGUUCUUGGGGGUUUGUUUUUUCAUUUUUGUAGUAGUUUGCAACAUGGGAAUAUUUGCUAUGCACAGCUAUGCUAACGGUUGUGCUAACUACCUGGGGAAGGCAGCUAACGGUUAACUUGCUUUGCAGUAAAGUACAACAGAUAGGUGGAAACAACCGAGGUGAACUCAGAGGCUAAACCAGCAUGAACCAAUAUGAAAACACUCAAUUAUUUUUCAUACUGUCAUGGCAGCACACUUCCACUUCACUCCUUGUUGUUUACCUUCCAUAAUAGUAGACUAGCUUAAAUUACUCAGAACAUUUUGCUAGGAAGCAGCCGAACAAAAAAGCUUUUCAAGUACCUUACCAUUUAGUCCUAUGGCUUUGCUCACUUGUCUCCAAGCCCUCUCCUUUUUUGUCUCUGUACAUUUCUGACAUUGAGUGGUUGAGCUCUAGGUACCCGCAGACGGCGACAUUGUUUGUCCUCCAUUUUUGUUUCUCUGUGACGUCAGGAGAAUCUCAACUAGAUCUCAACACUGAUAGACUUUCAUGACACAGUGUCACAUGAAUUUCUUGUUCAGUGUGAACACCAUCAGCCACAAAAACGUGAAAAUAGGGUCCAGGUUGAAAAAUCCCAAAGUUCCCGUUUAGUUGUGAGUGACGCUGUGUUCAGAGGAGCAGUUCACUGAGAAACGUCUAACAUGAUGUGUUUGAAACCUUUUUAUUUGAUGUGUUAGAAAUGAAUGCAGAUGUUAGAUGAGUGCACUUACUGUACAUCCUGAGCUGUAUAUAGCUAUAGUGUACAAAGUCUUCACCUGAGGAGUGUAACCAACAGCUGAUAUGAACAAACUAACCACUGGAUAGUAUUUUUGGUGAUGGAGUAUUCACACCCAGUGCCAUGAUCGCUCAUGAUGAUGAUUUUUUUGUUCCCGCUCCAGGUUCUGUGACUCAGCCGCCGUCUAAAGUGGCUGUGUGACUGUGUACUGCAAUAUCUAAGGAGACACCCAGCAACUAAUAAUCCCCUCUAGACUUUUAAAAAUGCCAUCGCACUGCAGCGAGACGCUCAACUCAAUAAUCCUGUCUCUUUCAUAGGCUUAGAACUAAAGCUGCCCCCUCAGUCUACUGUUGUCCAAAUGCCACAUAUUCCCCCCCGGACACAUACUGUGUACCCGCUGUGAUUGCAUGUGCAGUGCAGCUCAGAUAACGUGUGAAUGGGACUAUACGGACAAUCCAACAAGAGACAAUGUUGUACAAAAACCCAAAGUGGCACUUGUAGAUAAUGUACAAUAUGUUCUUUUUUUAAUUUUGUACCAGCCAACCGCUGAUAUUUAUAACUAUUGCCUAUUUAUGUACAAAUUGUUCCUCCUGUACAUACUCAACAGUCAGUUGAAUUAAAAAUCUUUUGCAGUAUAAA